AAUGGGUGAAAUCUUGGAAUGGACCAUUUUGAUAAAGAAGAACAGAGCCGUAGUAGUACUAGUAGCACUGUGGAAAGUGGAGUAUUGCCCACAGCUUGACAGCCCCAAACACUGCAGAAGCCGACCGCAAAAGUCAUAGCUUUUCUUUUAUUUUAUUUUCUUCAAAUCAACUAGAUUCAUUAACCGUAACACCUUUCCAACCAAAAAAUGACAAAAAAAAAAAGCCCCUCCUCUGUUUCUAUUUCUAAGAAACAUAAAUAAAGAAAGAAAAGGGUCACUGGUCGAGACAAACUCCUCUCACUCACCAGUCACCACACCACAAAGCUGUCCUGUCACACUAGAGACACUUGUUCACGCCACAACACAACUCAAUCAAAUCCAUUCAUUCAUUCAUUCCCAAAAACAACUCUUUCUCACUCACUCACUCACUCACUUUUUGGCUCCAUUCACAAGCCUUUUGCCGUGCCUAACACUCCCUACCAUUUAUUUAUUGCAUUUACUAUCUUGCCACUUCUACUCUCCGCUCUUCUUCAGUCCCUUACCCGUUAGUCCUUUUACUCUCACACGCUAGCUGGCUCCUCCAUUUUCUACGCUACCCACAUUAUAAUUUAUAAUACUCCUCCUCCUAUAUUUUUUUCUCAACAGAUUUUGCAUUUUUUCUAUUACAAGAAUAUAUAGCUACAGCAUGGCUUGCUAUAGAAGGGAGAACAAAAUUUGAUGCUUCAAUUCCAUUACUCUCUCUGUUCUUAUCUUUUGUCAAGGGAAAGAUUUAAACAGUUUCAAGUGGAGUUAUAGGAGUGUAAUAUAAUGAUGGAUGGGCGGCGUCAUUCUGUUGAUAUACCGAUUUCUAAGACUCUUGUAGCAUUGAGGAGAGUGAGGUCAUUGAGGGAUCCAUCAACUAAUUCUAUGACCAAACAUUCUCCUUUGAUUGAUAAUUUACAUUGGGAAAAUAGUUCCGGCAAUGGGAUUACUCUGAUGUUUCCUGAUGAUGUUCAUGCUUUUGAUUCUGAUGAUAACCUUGCCUUCAGAUCAAGGAAUUUAUGUUUUAAGGGUCAAAGAGAGCUGAAUGCUGCUGGUUUUGAAUCGAAUCAUGGUAUGUUGAAAUCAAGGCUGAAUCAACAAAGUGUUUACGGAAAUAAAUCACCUAAUGAAAGCUGUGGUAGCAACCAUGGUGGUAGAGGAUUGGAUAUUAACGAUUUAGAGGAUGAGGAAUUGUGCUAUAGAAAAACUGGAAGAUUGUCAAAAUUAGGGAGAAUAGAUCAUAUUAAGUCGGCCAAAAAGCCGUUAUGCAAGAAUCAAGUUAAACCGUCUCUUGUAGUGGGAGAUAUCGCUAGCCAUUUGAGUAGUCCAUGUCUUUCUCCUCGUGAUGCUUUAUCGCCCAAUGGUUCCUCAGAGCAUACAAAUCAAGAUUUUGGUGUUCUAAAUAAUACCAAUAAUGCAUGUGGAAUAAGCUGUUGUUGGUCAAAAUCACCAAGAUUUAUAGAAUCAAAUCUUUAUUGUGAGAAAGAAGACCGUCCCUUGAUAUUAAAUGGCGCUGAUGACACGAAUCUUCACGGACAUAGAAAUGCGAGACACAAUUGUGGUGAAAUUAGUCCAAAUUUGGAAACUCCUCGAAUGUUAUCCAUGAAAUUCAGGCCUAAAUCAUUUGGUGAUUUGGUGGGACAAGAUGUGGUAGUUAGGUCUCUUUUGAAUGCAAUCUCUAUUGGAAGGAUAACAUCAUUUUAUCUCUUCCAUGGUCCACGUGGUACCGGCAAGACAUCUGCUUCUAGGAUAUUUGCUUCUGCUCUGAACUGCCUCUCUGUUGAGGAGCAAAGACCAUGUGGCUUGUGUAGAGAAUGUGCUUUAUAUUUUUCUGGAAGAAGUAAAGAUGUUAAGGUGGUGGAUUCUGUGAGAAUCAAUCAUACAGACCAGGUCAAAUCCCUCGUCAAGAAUGCGUGUACACCUCCGGUUUCCUCACGUUUUAAGGUUUUCAUUAUUGAUGAGUGCCAGUUAUUGAACGAGGAGACGUGGGCGUGCCUUUCGAAUAACCUAGAGUACAUUUCUCAACACGCGGUCUUUGUGAUGAUCACUCCUGAUUUGGAUAAGCUUCCUCAAAGUGCAGUUUCCCGGGCACAAAGGUAUUACUUUCAGAAGGUUAAAGACACUGAUAUUGCACGCAGAUUAGAAACAAUUUGUGCAGAAGAAGGUCUUGAUUAUGAACAAGAUGCUUUGGACCUUAUUGCCGCAAAAUCCUGUGGUUCUGUUAGGGAUGCAGAAAUUAUGCUUGAUCAGCUGAGUUUGCUUGGUAAAAAGAUCAAAAUUUCCUUUGUUUACGAGCUUACUGGGAUUGUUUCUGAUGCUGAAUUGCUUGAUUUGCUGGAUCUGGCGAUGUCCCCAGACACUACAAAUACAGUUAUAAGAGCUCGUGAGCUGAUGAGAUCGAGGAUAGAUCCUUUGCAACUUGUGUCACAGUUGGCAAAUCUCAUAAUGGACAUCCUUGCGGGGAAAUGUGAUUAUGAAGCCAGAAGUAGACUUUUUAGUAGAUAUACCUCGGAAGCAGACCUUCAGAAACUAAGUCAUGCAUUGAGAAUACUUUCUGAAGCUGAGAAACAAUUACGAAUUUCAAAAAAUCAAACAACAUGGUUCACCGUAGCUCUUCUACAGUUAAGCUCUAUCGAUUAUCCUUCAACCGAUGCAGAUGGUUCCAAGUCGUUUCUGAGAAGUGCAUGCAAUGGAGGGCAGAGCAUGGAACAUCUUGCUACAGCUACAGGUGGAUGUGAAAACAAGUCAUUUAGAUUAGUGGCGCACGAGGAUCACGAAGGAACACUGGAUUCCAUAUGGUAUAAAGCUACUGGGAUAUGUCAAUCUAGUCAACUCAAAACUUUUCUCAGGAAGAAGGGAAAGUUGUCUUCGCUUCAUGUUGAUCAAUCUACAUCUUGUCUUGCUAUAGCGGAGUUGGAAUUCGGUAAUCGCCGUCAUGUAUCCAAGGCUGAGAAGUCAUGGAAAUUGAUUGCAAGUUCCUUGCAAAGCAUAUUGGGUUGUAACAUUGAGCUGAGAAUCACUUAUGUACCUCAUACUUCUAAUUCACCGAAGAGGUUAUCUUUCAACAACAUCUUUAGUUGUUCACGCAAAAUACAACAGAAACCAUUGUCGUCCAAUGAUCAAGAAAGUGAAAUAGACUAUGCUUAUUACAAUUCUGAAAAUCCCAUGAUGAAGAAUAAAACUCUAUCUUCUUCUGCUGAAUGUGGAUCUCGGGUGCGACCAUCGAAGUCUUACAACGGAAUGGAUGUUGUAACAACACUGAGGAGUUGUGAAGGGAACGUGCUGAGCUCAAGAGAAAGAUUUUUGAAUCGGUUUCUUCAAGAGAAUAUGGGAGCAUCAUGUUCUAGAGUUGAUGCUUACAAUGAAGAGGGACACAUUGGUGCACAUUUAGUUCCACCAAUCAUCAACUCGGAUAACCAGUCUAACUGUUUUCCUCGAACUCUCUGGCUUCAAAAGAAGUUCCGAUCAUCAAAUUCAUCCAAGUUGUCUUUUCAGGGUAUCUAACAACAGAAAGAUUAUGUUUUAUAGAGUUGUACAUUCUGAAACAUAACUAUGCUAAUUAAUUAACCCUGCAUUUUGUCCAGUAGCUUAAAAAGUUGCACCAAAGUCAUCGAGAAUAUGUUGGUCGAUUUAUUGUGCACCUUUAUGCUACUGUUUGCAUUAUUAAAAUUAUUGAUACUUAUUAACCUGUUAUAGUAGGAUAUGAUAAACUCAAAUCCCAUUAAUAGUAUGGUGUUUUUUGCUAUCAAAUUUUGAUAUUCACCAGGCAACUGGGAUUCAUCUAAAUUUGUUAGCCUACAUGCAAUGCAAGGUCAAGAAUUAUUGGACCACAAGUUCAUACAUAGCACAUAUUUUAUGGAGAACAUUGUUGCUGCUUAUGUGUUGUAUACUUUGUCUUGUCUGUACUAGACUACUAGGGAGGAUAGUGACCUUGCAUAAAUUGUUGUGGUAUUUGUACUGAUGUUAUGCUAAUUUUCUGUCUUGAGUUUAUGUAACUAUCAAUAAUUGAUUUCUUCCUUUAAUGAGAAGUGCUAGGAACACUCUCAUUUGAACACUCUAAUAUUCAUUCUCUAAAUAAACGUGGGUUUCUCAAUUUGGAAA